AGUUUUCAAGUGAUUUUCCGAGCUCGCGGGCUGUGCUAACGGUAAAGGAAAAUUCAGUGAUUGGGGACUUUCACGUUGCACAGUUGAUGUAUUGCUUUGUGCGCGACGGUGUUGUUGUAGUGCGAAAGCAACAAAUAUUCAAAAAGAUUCAGUUAAAUUACGUGAUUAAGUGGUCUAGGAUUAUCCACUUAAAACCGUUUGCAAAUAUUAUCAGUCACCUUUUGCUCAAAAAAUAACAUACAUUUUAAUUACUCAAUAAAAUGUAACAUUUAAUAUGAAACCAAAAGUAAUAUAAACAAAGCUCUAUAAAAAACGACAGGCAAACCAACUAUUAUAUAAAUCAUAAUUAGAAACUACAACGCAGAAAAAGGAGCAAUAAGCCUAAAAUACUCUUAAACCGUCAAAUGCAUCAUUUUGGAAAAGCAUGUUCCAUCGUUUUUGUCGCACGAAAAGUUAAAACGAUACUUAUUGUCCAACGAGUGGCAAUUGCGUCAAUCUAAAUUUUAAUUUAGUUUGAGUGUGGAAGCUUCCGAUAAACUUGAAAAUGGAUCUUGGAUUUUUAUUAGAUGAGCGAGUCAAGCCAUUUAAUUUCUGAUUGCCAAGAAAACAUGAUUACGAGACAAAAAUGUCGGUGAACAUGAACUGGACGUCUCCAAAAAUAUGGGCCGCUUUGUUUGUGACCACCCUAUGCCUGUUGGAUACACAGGCCGCCUGGGCAAAAAAGCUAAAUGCAAGUCAAGCUUUUGACGACACGUGGAACACAGCAUCCGAUUUGGAAAAUGAACUGGAACAACAAAAGCGAUCGAAGGUCCAAAGUGCAGGAGGAGGAGGUGGCGCGGGCGGUGGACCUGGCCAGUGGUCGUCCUGGUCAGAUUGGUCAACCUGUUCGCGCACCUGCGACGGAGGCAUCAUGCAUCAAAUGCGUAGGUGCGGCAGUCCUGGCAGUUGUCGCGGGGAGAGCACCCGCUACCGCAUUUGCAACAUGCAGCCUUGUCCGGAGCAGCAGGACUUCCGCUCCAGCCAAUGCUCCGCCUACAACGAUGUUCCAUACGAUGGCACCCUGUACAAGUGGACUCCGCAUUAUGAUUACGUCGAGCCCUGCGCGCUUACAUGCAGAGGACAUCCUGCACAUCUUGUCGAAGACAUUUCGCGGGAGACUGGAGACGGCAAUGCAGAGGAGGCGGAGCACUACGACGAGCAGAGCGUCAUUGUGCAAUUGUCUGCGAGGGUGCAAGACGGAACCCGUUGUCGUUCCGGCAGCCUAGAUAUGUGUAUCCAAGGAAAGUGUCAGCGUGUUGGCUGCGAUUUAAAAAUCGGAUCUACAAAAAAAAUCGACGGUUGCGGAGUGUGCGGCGGAGAUGGAAACUCCUGCUCCCAACCGCUUUUUAACUGGGAGAUGGCACCGAUGUCGCAGUGCUCUGUAACCUGUGGAAGCGGUUACAAAAUGUCCCGUCCAAUAUGCAGGAAUCGCCUAACCAACGCCGAUGUCGAUGAUACGCUCUGCAGCGUUACUAAUCGUCCGGAGGCGUCGGUGGAACAAUGUAAUACACACAGUUGUCCUCCCCGGUGGAUAGCAGACGAUUGGAGCACUUGCAGCCGCCUUUGUGGUCACGGCUACCGUGAGCGGAUGGUUGUCUGUGCCGAGGAGUCGAACGGCAUCAAGACGAGGGUGGCCGAUAUCAUGUGCCGCACACCCAAGCCACCAACACAAGAGACCUGCAUUAUCGAGGAGUGUCCGCACUGGGAGGUCGAAGACUGGACCGGUUGUUCGGUUUCCUGCGGACAGGGUAUACAAAUGCGAGGCGUCGAGUGCAAAUCGACAGACGGCAGCCUGAGCGCGAAGUGUGAUCCACUUACAAAGCCGGGCAGCAUGCAGCAGUGCUCCACCGGAAUUCAUUGCGGCGGAUCGUUGAACAAAGUUGGUGGCACCAUCAUCGUAGGCAGCAGCCGGUCACUUAACGAACGAUCGGAGCGACAGUUGGACAGCUCGGAUGCAGAUGAAGACAACGAGGACGAAAAUGAUGAGGGCGAUGAUGUGGACGACCUGGAAUCGGGACAGGAUACAGAUGAUGGCGAAGGAUUGUCAUAUGCUGAUCAACCUUUGCUUUACGCUCAUCGCACACAGAGUCGACUGAAUCAGGAAGCCCCAGAUGAGCCGCGCACCAUGCAUCUAAUGAACGGAAAUUCAAACAAUAAUUUCAAUCGGGGAGAGGACGAGUCAGAGGGACCAUCACUUGAUCCCACCUACAUCAAGGACAAUGAGUGGUCCCCAUGUAGCGUUACCUGUGGGGAAGGAAUCCGCCGGCGCACCUACAACUGCAAGAUUUUCCUUGAAUACUCUCGAACGGUGGCCACCGUUAAUGAUUCGUUGUGCGAGGGAAAAAAGCCACAUGACGAAGUAGAGCGGUGUGUGGAGGAUCCGUGCAUGCUACCCUCCCACGGCUUUGACGACCAGUUCCCCCGUGAUUCCAUUAAAGUGGGUGUGUCGGAACCGGGUAAGACGUAUGUCUGGCGGGAACAGGGAUACACCUCCUGCAGUGCCUCCUGUCUCGGCGGUGUCGAGGAACUGAUAAUCAACUGCGUUAGAGAAGAUAAUGGUAGGGUGGUGUCGCCCUUUCUCUGUUCCCCGGAAACCAAGCCGGAGGCCAGGGUUCGUACCUGCAACGACCGUCCCUGCCCACCCAGAUGGAACUACUCAGACUACACACCCUGCUCCAAGAGCUGUGGCAUUGGCAUCAAGACCCGCGAGGUGCAGUGCAUCCACGAGGUUACGCGCGGAGGGGACAACACAAUGGUGGUGCCGAACAGUAUGUGCCCACAGCCACCACCAGCAGAUCGGCAGUACUGCAACGUUCUCGAUUGCCCCGUACGUUGGGAAGUCGGUGAGUGGAGCAAGUGCUCCCAUACGUGUGGCUAUGGGUUUAAGGAUCGCAAGGUGGAGUGCAAGCAGAUAAUGGCGCAAGAGCACAAGAUCGAACGACCCGAAUCGAUGUGUCCGAGUGCUAAGCCGGCGGACAAAAAGCCCUGCAAUGUGAAGCCCUGCCCGCCGGAAGAUCCCAAGCCAGUCAUCCAGAUCAACAACUCAACACACAUCCAGCACGACCCCAAGAAGACCAAGAUCACCCUUAAAGUGGGCGGCGCUGGACUUGUUUUCUUCGGCACCCAGGUAAAGAUCAAGUGUCCCGUGAAGCGGUACAACCGCACCAAGAUCAAGUGGAGCAAGGAUCACAAGCCGCUGCAGCGUUCGCGAAAGUACAAAGUGUCGAAGAAGGGAGCCCUGCGUAUACUUGAUAUUACGUUUCGCGAUGCAGGGGUGUACUCCUGCCACGCCGGUCUCAGCUCCGCAGAAAUAAGCAUCGAAGUGAAGGCCAAGCCAGGACAGCAGAUUGAGGAGCUGGAACAACAGGAAACUGAACGAUUGGUGCGUGAGAAAAGUGGCACAGAGGCUCUCACCUCUGCGGAUAUGAAGUCCGCUGAUGGAACUGGGACUUCCACUGCGGUGGGACCUAAUAGCCACGUUAACGGUUCGGCACAACAGCAUGGUUCGCGUCGCAGGCAGCAGCAGUCGGAGCGAUUGCAGAACGGGAGGGAACGGAGCCGGAGACCCAAGUCCGAUGGAGUUCAGCAUGCGGAUAGCAGCAUUAUGGAAGACGAUCUUUCGCAAUUAGUGCAAUCCGAGGACAGAAUACCACAGCCGGCGAGUGCCAGUAGCGGCGGUAGUCGCACCAGGACGCUGCUGGCUAUGCCAUAUUUCCAGGCUCUGCUUAGCAAUCUCCAGUUGCUAUGGCCGCUGCAGCGCUUUAAAGACUCUCGUGGUCAGCACUUGCUUCAAGGCGAGGCGCUUAAGUUCGGCAUUGAUUUAAGCGGCAAAGACUUUGACCAGGACGAGUCGGAGCGUGUUCCGGCAGAACAGCUUCCCCCAGAAGUAUUGCAUUCGCCAUCGGACCCAGAGUACCAUGAGCCGUCGAAGUCCGGUCCGGAAGCGGAUGUUCCGCAUGUUCCGCCACACAUGCCACACGCUCGAUGGGAAACGGGAGCUGCAGCUUCGACUACGGCGGUGCCAAGCCUUCCGAACGACGGUUUCGUCUACAGAUGGAUGUUGGGCGAAUGGUCCCAGUGUUCGCAGGAGUGUGGAGCAGCCGGCAGUGGGUUGCAGCGGCGCACGGUGAGCUGCCAGAGAGCUGCAAAAGCCACGAGCUCCGGCAGUACUAGCGACACCGAAAACAAUGUCGUGGAUAAUUCAGAAUGCUUCGCGCACGGCCUGGAGCUGCCCGAAUUUUUCCAGAGCUGCGGCAACGAGGCAUGCCCGCAGUGGAGCAAGGGCGACUGGACUCCCUGCCAGCGAUCCCACUGCCACGGAAGGAAUACGGCCAUGCAGCGCCGCGAAGUGACGUGCCGCUACCCCAACGGUACGGAAGGAAGCAUCUGCGACGAGUACGAGCGACCUGCGAUGCGACAGGAAUGCUACAAUGAGCGAUGCGAGGGAGUGUGGCGCGUGGAGCCUUGGUCCGAGUGCAAUGCGCCGUGCGGCCGUAAGGGCAUCAAGUACCGCAUCCUGCAGUGCGUCUGGUACGGAAGUCGCCGCCCAGCCGGCAAUGUGUGCAAGCACCAGCCACGCCCGGCGGUUAUGAAGGUCUGCAAAAGUCCGGCAUGCCAGGCGCAGCUGUCGUCCUCGCCAGCCCAGCUAUGUCGGGAUUCCUCACGUUAUUGCCGUAAUGCCAGGGCCAUGGGCUUGUGUCGACUUCAUCGCUACAAGCUGAAGUGCUGCGGGUCCUGCGAGCAGCAACCUAAUCAACAUCUUAUUCUCUAACUCCGCUGCGGCUUACCAAAAUAGCAAGGAUAUUUUAAGAACUCAACAAGCAAUUACCCUAGGUACCGUAAUAAACGUUUAAGCGUAUAUAACUUAUCCAUAUGUAUGCCACAUCCGCACUUACAUGAAUUUAGCUUAAUAUAGUGUCAAAGGCCAAUUAAAAGCACUUGUAUCUGAAGUAAGCUUAAAGAAGCUUAAGCUUAAAUAAGAUCUGCUGUGACCUGUUCUCGAAAGGGUCAUCGAUUACACAUUAUGCAUUACUUCAUAACUAUGAAGCACUGAAGCACAGAUGAAAUCACUAAAAAGAAAAAGAGAAGUCCGCACUAUUACCUGGUGCCAUUGAAACCGUAUAUAAAUGUGUAAAUAUAGAGAAGGACAAAUGACAUCCAUUGUCGGUUCAUAGCACUGAAAUUAGCUUCGAUUACCACUUAGAAUUUUGUAAAUAAAUCGGAUUUCUUUCUAAAUCAACACUUCAUUUAAAGGCAAGUCAGGUAAUUAAAUGAACGUCGAACUAUUUGGAAUACUUAUAAACGCCUAAUUGUAAUUAGUUUUAUAUGGAAAUAUUGUUUUUAUAUAUACAACUUAAAUAGAAACACUAGAUAAACUCUAAAUAAUACUGCAAGAUACUAUAGCUAACUAUCGCCGAAUAUAUCGCAAUUGUUAAAGCGUAACUAAAUAUAUAAGCUGUUAAGGGAAAGUUAUUAUUAAUGAGCCCACGAGUAAAUGCAACAGUAACCAAUAUCAAACGCCUACAGACCGAAGCAAAACUAAACACUAUCGCAGCUCAAAAAAUUGCAUAGCUCAGCAAGGAUAUAACAAAUUUGAGAUGCAUUGUACAAAAAUUGGAACAUGUUUGGAAUAAAUAUUUAUUAAAUACC